AACGACGGGGCAAUUAUUGAAAAAUGUAAAAGUACGGGCAAAUUGAACAAACGUCGAGUAAAUGAACGAGGAACUUAUGAAAGUUACUUGAAAAUAAUUAUGAUGAAAAUGUGUUGUUUAAAAUGUCAAAAGUUAAUUAAAAAUUCCAAAAUUAAUCACAAACGGGAGACAUCCUUCAGAUCAUUGCAAAAUAUUUAAAUCAAUUACUGCCUUGUAAUAAAUUAUAAAAUAAAAUAUUUGUUUUGUAAGUCUAUGAAAGGAAUCAACUCAUUGAUGGAAGACCUUAGCGCAUUAACGUUUACUGCAUAAAAAUUUUCAAAAAGUUUUCUAUAUGCUAAAAGCACUGCCAAAUUCUUCGUUUCAAGCUUAAUGUGGCAUUGGCGUCAGUUCUUCCAAAAGAAAAGCAACCACAGACUGAAUUUCUAGCAAAGUAAAAUAAGAAUUGUUACGGUAUGAACGUAAAUGAAAUGCAGUUGAGAGAUUUCGAUGAAGAAACGGAAGACACGGACUCUGAGACUGAAUUGCUUGUACGCCACGUUGGUAACGGCGGUAGACAGCAAUCAGACUUUAAAUUACAGAAGACCAAAAGCAAUUCUAACUCAAUAACAAACAACAACCGUAGCCGUAGUCAUGUUCAUCAUAAUAAUACCAAUCGUCAUAGCCGCUCGCUAAUGAAUAACCACCAACGCAAAACGCAAAGCUUUCUCAGUCAGCUCUUUGAUGUUGUUAGCAACACAACAUUUACUCGCAAUAAUAAUAAUUCGAUAUUGUCGCCAUCCACGUCAAAUUCUCAUCGGCCUAAUUUACGUACUUCACGCGCUGCGCCGGUACGUCACAGAAAUGAACAAAAUUGUGAAUAUUUUGUGUCAAACUCAAUCAGUGCAAAUACAUCAACUACGAGUACGAUAAAUAAUGCGGCAUAUGCCGCCCGUUUCAAUCAUUCCUCGAAAACUUAUCAUAUAAAACAUCCGGUUGCAUCCAUGGAUUCAACUGAUGCUAGCCCAAUGGGUACCUUUCACUACAGUGAUACACCACCUACAACUAAUACGACAGCAGGAUUGAGCGCCACGUCUAAUAGUGUUAACGCAACGACAAACAAUGGUCUACAAACCGUUGUAGAUCCCGAUAACGGUUCAACAACAGUAUUCUAUCAAAAAAAUCGACGGAAAAGUAAAAAGCGCUCGCUAAGCAAUCUUUGUAAAGUUUGUUUAUGUAGUUGUUGGCGAAAAUGGUUUGCCGCGCGGGAGCUUCGCGCUCGCACUGUCCACUUGGGACGAGUUACGGCCGAAAAAUUCCCACCGAAUGAGAUUCGUAAUCAAAAGUACAACUUCAUAACGUUCCUGCCUUUGGUACUUUUCGAGCAAUUUCGUUUCUUUUUAAAUUUAUAUUUCCUUUUGAUGGCUCUCUCGCAAUUUAUACCUGAUAUACGCAUUGGCUAUCCGUACACUUAUUGGGGGCCAUUGGGAUUUGUGUUAACAGUAACCAUCUGUCGUGAAGCUAUAGAUGAUUAUCGUCGUCACCAGAGAGAUCGUGAAGUGAAUUCGCAAAAAUAUAAACGGUUAGUUGUCUCCGAUACUCAUGGCUACGAAAUGGUGCCUUCGUCUAAAUUAAAAGUGGGUGAUAUUAUUAUUGUGGAAAAGAAUGAAAGAGUGCCAGCUGAUUUAAUAUUAUUACGCACGAGCGAUAAAAGCGGCUCAGUGUUUGUGCGUACUGAUCAAUUGGAUGGUGAAACCGAUUGGAAAUUACGUUUAGCUGUUUCGCUAACACAAAAAUUGAACAAGGACUCUGAUCUCUUUAAUAUGGACGCCAGCGUUUAUAUAGAAAAACCUCAAAACGAUAUACAUUCUUUCAUCGGCACCUUUGCUAUGCAAGACGGAAGCGAGGAAGUCGGUUUAAAUGUUGAAAACACCUUGUGGGCCAACACAGUAGUGGCAGCAGGCACUGCUACAGGCAUAGUCAUUUAUACUGGCUGUGAGACACGCAGUGUGAUGAAUAAUUCGCAACCUCGUUCGAAAGUGGGUUUAUUAGAUAUGGAAAUCAAUGGAUUGACUAAGGUUUUAUUCUGUGCUGUUCUGGGUCUGGCUUUAGUUAUGAUGAUGUUAAAAGGAUUUAGUGGUCCAUGGUAUCGUUACAUGUUUCGUUUUGUGCUGCUGUUCUCGUAUAUUAUACCCAUUAGUUUGAGAGUAAAUUUGGAUAUGGGGAAAGCUUUCUAUUCGUGGCAAAUGCAAAAUGAUUCUGAGAUUCAAGGUACCGUCGUUCGCUCCACUACCAUACCAGAAGAAUUGGGUCGCAUUUCGUAUGUUCUAACCGAUAAAACUGGUACCCUUACACAGAAUGAGAUGGUUUUCAAAAAGAUCCAUUUAGGCAUUGUAUCACACGAUAACGACACUUUUCACCAUGUGGCGGAAACUAUUGGUGCUUUGGCACCCACGAUUUUAAAAAGAAGUACAAGUACUGAUACCAGCACUUCGAAAAUCGCUUUAUAUUCAGGAAAUCGAAUGCGCCGACCAGAAGGUUGGCGGGAAUGGGAGGCCGUUAAAGCUUUAGCUCUUUGUCACAACGUUACUCCCAUAAGCGAUGAAGACGACAAUCGAUCCGUGUCCACAUCCUCUACUUUUGCUUCAACGACUGGUGGUUCUACAUCGCCAACAAAGUCUGUGAUAACUAUGGAAAUAACCUCAACCAAUGAACAUCAAUAUCAGGCUUCUUCGCCCGAUGAGAUAGCUCUGGUCAAAUGGACCGAACAAGUAGGAUUAACUUUAAUAGCACGCGAUAUAAAUUCUAUGACAUUACAAUUGAAAGCUCAUAAAAAAUCAGAUCACCUUCAGUUUGACGAUGACUCUUUAAUGCAUUUUCAAAUUCUGCAAUUAUUUCCCUUUACCAGUGAAUCGAAACGUAUGGGCAUUAUUGUUAAAGAUUCGCAAUCAGGAGAAAUAACUUUUUAUCUGAAGGGUGCUGAUGUCGUAAUGUCCUCCAUAGUGCAAUAUAACGAUUGGUUAAGUGAGGAGUCCGGUAAUAUGGCUCGAGAAGGCUUGCGGACAUUAGUGGUGGCUAAAAAAGUUCUCAGCGAGGAUCAAUAUAAUGAUUUUGAAACGCGUUAUAAUGCUGCGCGUUUAAGUGUAAGCGACCGCGUGACAAAAGUGGCUGCUGUUGUAGAAUCCCUGGAAAGAGAAUUGGAGUUAUUAUGCUUAACAGGUGUUGAAGAUCGUUUACAAGAAGGGGUACGACCAACUCUUGAACUAUUACGUAAUGCUGGUGUACGGGUUUGGAUGUUGACUGGUGAUAAAUUGGAAACCGCUUGUUGCAUAGCCAAGUCUUCUCAAUUAAUUGGACGCAAUCAAGGUCUACAUGUUUUACGAUCUGUUAAAACACGUACCGACGCUCACUUAGAACUGAAUCAGUUUCGUCGCAAGCAAGGUCACGCUUUAGUUAUUUCUGGGGAAUCUUUGGAAGUAUGUUUGCAAUAUUAUCGCCCAGAAUUUUUGGAGUUAGCUACUGCUUCACCGGCUGUAGUUUGCUGUCGCUGCAGUCCCACGCAAAAAGCUCAAGUGGUGCAAUUGAUACAAAAGCAUACUGGCAAACGGACCUGUGCCAUCGGUGAUGGCGGUAAUGAUGUUAGCAUGAUUCAGCAAGCUGACGCCGGUGUCGGAAUAGAGGGUCGGGAAGGACGUCAGGCUUCUUUGGCUGGGGAUUUCAGUAUACCUCAGUUUUCACAUAUAGCCAAACUUUUACUGGUUCACGGCCGACGUUCAUACAAACGAUCGGCUGCUCUUUCACAAUUUGUCAUACAUCGCGGUCUAAUAAUUACCACCUUGCAGGCCGUGUUUUCGGCCGUUUUCUACUUAAGUUCGGUAGCCUUAUAUCAAGGUUUUUUAAUGGUUGGCUACUCCACGUUGUACACCAUGUUUCCUGUAUUUUCAUUAGUUUUAGAUCAGGACAUUACCUCGACAACGGCUGUCACUUACCCAGAGUUAUAUAAAGAUUUAUCGAAAGGGCGAAGUUUAAGUUAUAAAACAUUCUUUAUAUGGGUAUUAAUCAGUAUUUAUCAAGGCGGUGUUAUUAUGUACGGAGCGCUGAUAUUAUUUGAAGAUGAAUUCAUACAUAUUGUGGCCAUAAGCUUUUCGGCACUCAUAAUGACUGAAUUGAUAAUGGUUGCACUAACUGUUAGGACGUGGCAUCGAUUAAUGGUCUUGGCGGAAUUGUUUAGCUUAGCUUUAUAUUUAAUCUCCUUGGCUGUGCUACAUGAAUAUUUCGAUUGGGAAUUCAUUUCCUCAUAUGAUUUCUUGUGGAAAGUUUUUAUUAUUACUGUGGUCUCCUGUUUACCGUUAUAUAUUAUAAAAUUCCUGCGGAAAAAAUGUUCCCCGCCUUCGUAUUUGAAACUUUCUUAAGCUAUUUUUGUUUUUAAUUAUUUUAUAAUGUGUAUAAUGUGUAAGUUAAACAAAAUAUUUGGUUAUUGAUAAUAAUAAUAAUAACAAUAACAAAUGCAAUUAACCAACAAAUUAUAGUGUAAACAUUAAUGCUUUAGAUCGAAUUCAUCGUAAUUGUUUAUUAAUUAAAAAAAAAAAAGAAUAUGUUUUUUAGUCUUGAGGUCUAAUGUUAUGGAAUUAUUUUUCUGAAUUUUUAUCUUUAUUCAAAGUAUUUUCUCUAUAAAAAAUUAAUUUUUUUUAAAAUUAUUUAUUUAUAUUAUUACUUUACAAAAGUCUACCAACAGUUUUCUCUGUACGAAAUAUUCUAAAAAAUUAUGUUUUAAAGGUCACCAUACAAGUUCAAUAUUUAGUAUUCUU